AUGGGUUCUUCAGACACUGAAAAUAUAUACAGUUUGGAAGGUUGUAGAACACAGGUAAGAUAAUGAACUAUUUGUAAUUAAAAAAUUUAUUAAUUUUAAGGUUGGAGGUCACACUCCUUUCAUUCACCUGGAUGAUGAGCAUUUACUGAAACCUUGCUCAUUGAGAGAAAUUCAGUUUUAUGAGAGAAUGCCAAUUGCAUUAAAACCCAUAGUUCCCAUAGUGUGUGCGGUAUUCAAGGUAACCCAUUUUUCGUUUUUUUGUUCUCAAUAAUGUUUUUUUCUAGAACAAAACUCCUCAAUUGACAGCUCUUCGCUGUUUGAAUUGCUCGAAAACUGCCGAUAAAUUCCAUGAAAUUAUCAAAAAGAUACCACCAUCAGUGAUAAAUUCACCAAUUUUAAAGGAAAAACAAUUGAGCCAGUGAGAGUUCUCAUUGAUUCAUUCUUUUCAAAAACUUGUAUAUUUCAGACAUUUUCUGGUUGUUGAUGAUUUAACAAAAGGGAUGAGUUCAAUGAGAAUUAUUGAUUUAAAAUUGGGAAAACGAUUUUAUGCAAUUGAUGCAAGUGAGGAAAAAAUCAAAAGGAAGAUCAGAAAAAUUCAAAAUACAACAUCGCUUAUUUGUGGAAUACGAUUAUCAGGUAAUAGUGAUAGAGUGGGGAGACUUAAUGAAAAAAAAAUUAUGUCUUAUAGGAGUACUGUAUCGGGAGACAAAACGAGACUGGAAAAUUGGGAAAAAUGAAGGUAAUAGAUUGAAGAUGAGAUUUCUUGAAAAUUGUUUUGUAUAACUUUCCACUGGUACAAAUUCCAUCAUUUUUUCCAGGUCGUGCAAUGAAAAUGGAGCAGCUCGAGACCACUCUCCAACUCUUUUUCAACGUCCCUCUUGAAGUACGAGAAAUCCUCUCAAGUAAAAUCGAGGAAAUGAUCCGAAUCAUUCGAAAACUCAACGGCCUUCGUUUAUUUGGCGCUUCCCUUCUUGUGACAAUCGAUGUUGAGCAACUAGUUUGUCGUGUGAAACUCAUUGAUUUUGCAAAUGCCGCAUUCACAAAUCAGCCUGAAUUUUGUGGCCCAGAUAUUGAAGCUAUCCUGGGUCUCAAUUAUAUAUUACAAAUCUUGAAUAAUACACACGCAUAA